AACAUAUUCAGCCACCUACUGGCUGAACGAGUGAUCAGUUUUCAAUUGGAUUGCAGUGUGAACGGUUUGAUUUGAAUUUGCGCGCCAAACAUCCUCGCCCCUCGUAGAUCAUCCAGCCAGCAUGGUCCAGAUCGGAGUGCUUCCCGCGGCGGCGAUCGUCGCCGUGGCCCUGUUCUGCAUCCACGCAAACAGUCAGUCAUGCCCCGAAAAGAACGGUCGAUUUCCAGUUUCAGACCAAUGUGACGCCUACAUCCAAUGCGUUGAUGGAGUCCCAGAACAAAAGCUCUGCCCGGAUGGGCUCCUUUUCAACGAAAAAUCGAACCUUUUUGCCUACCCUUGCCAGUACCCGAUCGACGUAGACUGUGGCAGCAGAACUCGCACGCAACCGGCUAUUCCGACCGAGGACUGUCCCCACCAGUUUGGCUACUACAAACUGGGCAAUCGCGAUGAUUGUGGUACCUUUAUGAACUGUGACAAUGGUCGAGGCUUCGUUGUUGAAUGUCCCUACGGUCUCGCCUUCAACAGUGCCACCUACCAGUGCGACUGGCCAGACCUGGUUGAGGAUUGCGACGCAGCUGCUUACCUUGGUUUCAGCUGCCCACCACAAGGUGAUCUGAUAGCACCGAUCCGGUUCUACCGAGCCCCGAACGAUUGUCGGAAGUAUUUCCUCUGCGUUGGUGAUAGCCCGCGAGUUAACCUCUGUGGUCCGGAGCAAGCAUUCAACGAAUUAAUCAACGCUUGUGAUGGAGUCGAAAACGUCACCGGGUGUGCCAUCUAAAGCUGCUUUUUGUAGGAUUGUAAAUUAUGCUACUUGAAAAAUACUCAAUUUCUUAGUACUUAAAGCCUAGUUCGGUAUUUCAAGAAUAAAACAAUUAGUACAGUU